AUGGCCCACAGCCAGUCUCGGAAGCGAUCGCGAAGCAGGAGCAAAAGCAAUUCUCGGAGCAGAGAGGAGAGGAAGGAGAAGAAAAGGAGGAAGAGCAGCAAGGACUUACACCGGGGCAGCAGCUCUCCUCCAAGGAAGCGGACCUCUGGGUCACACAGGCACAAGUCGAGCUCAGCUGCAGGCAGGGAAGAAAAGAAGAAGGAAGGGAAGGACAAAAAGAAGAAGAAGGCAAGUACCUCUUCCUCUGAGACAGCGUCUUCAUCUACUGGCUCCUCAUCUUCCUCUUCCUCCAGCUCCUCUUCUGAUGACUCCAGUGACAGUGACUCCAAAACAAAGAAGAGUCGACAUGGAAAAAAAAAGCGAGUGAAACAGAAGGACAAGAAGAAGAAGAAGAAGAGAAUAAAGAAGAAAUCAAAAAAGAAGUCAAAGGAAAGGUCUAAGGAGGAGAAAGCCAAGGGGGAAGCGGUGCCCGGCCCCUCACUGGAACAGUGGCAGAAGGAGUCACUGGUGGACUCCGGACCAGUUUUGACAGACGAACAAAAAUCCCGAAUCCAGGCUAUGAAGCCAAUGACAAAGGAAGAAUGGGAUGCGAGGCAGAGUGUCAUAAGAAGAGUUGUGGACCCAGAAACAGGGAGAACCAGGCUUAUUAAGGGAGAUGGAGAAGUACUAGAAGAAAUCGUCAGCAAGGAGAGGCACAAGGAGAUUAACAAGCAAGCCACCCGGGGGGACGGGCUGGCCUUCCAGGUGCGGACAGGGAUGCUGCAGUGA